AUGAGGAACCAAGAAGAAAUCGUAGAACCGUCGAUGCCCCACGCAAGCAGUACCAUCGAAGAAAUCUCACCGUUCAAAUACCUGGGUGCGAUGAUAUCGAGAGAUGUUAACUGUGAACAGAAGGAUUACGUUGGCGUCGCUCACCAUCAAGAGCCUAAUGAACGUUUGUACUCAAAGGGGAAUAACAGUCACCAUCAAGAUCCACUUUUACUGCGCUAUUGCGAUACCGGUUUUGUUCAAGUGUCAGGAAACGGUUGCACUCACAAGAUCACAGGAAUAUCGAUUGGACAGCAUGUAGUAGCGCUGGUUGUGCCGGCUGAAGAAGACCGAGUGGCUCGACCGCAUAAAAAACGAUUGAGUCUUGGCACCAUUUGA